GGCGCAGUGGAAUAAUUGUAAAUCGGGAAAUCGGGGGUUGGUAUUCAAUUCCUCGGCUGAGUCAAGCCGAUUUGCGAGGAUGUUGGAUUACAUUGGGUGGAUUCCUCCUCGCUUGGAGUGCAGAAGAUCUCAUUAUAUAUUACAUUGCUUCCAAUACCGACAAUGCCCAUAAUCCCACAUUAUCUCCUCAUCACUUCCUCAUUCUCCCCAAUCCAAUCCCUCUUUCUGGAUCUCUGAGAAAUUUCAAUUCCACUUCUGCUCAUUUUCUUGCAGCAGCGUCGGGAAAGAGAAGAUGAAGGUGAUAGAGAAGAUCCGGGCAGCCACCGCCGGCGAUGGCGGCAGGGUGGUGUUCUCCUUCGAGUACUUCCCGCCCAAGACGGAGGAUGGUGUGGACAACCUGUUCGAGAGGAUGGAUCGCAUGGUGGCACAUAAUCCUUCCUUCUGCGACAUUACAUGGGGCGCCGGUGGCUCCACCGCCGAUCUCACCCUCGACAUUGCCAACAAGAUGCAGAACAUGAUCUGCGUCGAGACCAUGAUGCAUCUCACCUGUACCAAUAUGCCUGUCGAGAAGAUCGAUCACGCCCUUCAAACUAUCAAGUCUAAUGGCCUCCAGAACGUUCUCGCGCUUCGCGGCGACCCUCCCCAUGGGCAGGACAAAUUCGUCCAGAUCGAGGGCGGCUUCGCUUGUGCUCUCGAUCUCGUUAAACACAUCAGGGAGAAGUAUGGCGACUAUUUCGGAAUUACUGUAGCUGGCUAUCCAGAGGCACAUCCGGACGUGAUUGGAAGCAAUGGCGUGGCCACGCCUGAAGGCUACCAGAGCGAUCUGGCUUAUCUCAAGAAAAAGUUUGAUGCUGGGGCUGAUCUGAUUGUUACCCAGCUCUUCUAUGACACUGACAUUUUCCUCAAGUUUGUCAAUGAUUGUCGUCAAAUUGGAAUUACUUGUCCUAUUGUGCCUGGUAUUAUGCCCAUCAAUAAUUACAAAGGUUUCUUGCGCAUGACAGGCUUUUGCAAAACCAAGAUUCCUGAUGAGAUCAUGGCUGCGUUAGAGCCUAUCAAGGACAAUGAAGAAGCUGUCAAAGCUUAUGGAAUUCACCUUGGAACAGAGAUGUGCAAGAAGAUUUUGGCCCAUGGAAUCAAGACUCUACACGUUUAUACACUGAAUAUGGAGAAAUCAGCGUUGGCUAUACUAAUGAAUCUUGGUCUUAUUGAAGAGAGCAAAGUCGCAAGAUCUUUGCCUUGGAGGCGCCCCACCAAUGUGUUCCGUAUCAGGGAAGAUGUUCGCCCAAUCUUCUGGGCUAAUCGUCCUAAGAGCUACAUAUCAAGGACCAUAGGCUGGGACCAGUACCCUCAUGGUAGAUGGAGUGAUUCUAGUAAUCCUUCAUAUGGGGCACUAACUGACUAUCAGUUUAUGCGGCCGCGUGCACGUGACAAGAAGCUUCUUGAGGAAUGGGCUCUCCCAUUGAAAAGCAUAGAGGAUGUUUAUGAGAAAUUUAUGAAGUACUGCCUUGGAAAGUUGAGAAGCAGCCCUUGGUCUGAAUUAGAUGGUCUUCAGGCAGAGACAAGGAUAAUAAGUGAACAGCUUGGGAAAAUUAACAUGAAAGGUUUCCUUUCAAUCAACAGCCAACCAGCAGUUAACGGAGAAAGAUCUGAUUCUCCAUCUGUAGGAUGGGGUGGACCGGGAGGUUACGUUUACCAAAAGGCAUACCUCGAGUUCUUCUGUUCCAGGGAAAAUUUGGAUGCUCUUGUUGACAAGUGCAGGGUUCUUCCAAAUCUAACCUACAUGGCGGUGAAUAAGGAAGGCAUUUGGGUAUCCAACAUCACUCAAAAGGACGUGAAUGCUGUAACAUGGGGAGUUUUCCCAGCCAAAGAGAUCAUCCAGCCAACCGUCGUCGAUCCCGCCAGCUUUCACGUGUGGAAAGACGAGGCAUUCGAGAUUUGGUUGAGGGGAUGGGCUUCCUUGUAUCCCGAGGGCGACCUGUCCCGAAAGUUGCUUGAAGAGGUACAGAGCAGCUAUUACUUGGUGAGCUUGGUGGAUAACGAUUACGUGCAUUCUAACCUGUUCGCCAUUUUGGAGGAUUUCUGAGAGUGAGCUGAGCCGCCUGCUAUUCCUUUCCAUGCUUCUAGUUUUUACUUUUCAUCUUUGGUCUCAUCUCUUAUGAGUUAUGAAAAUCUGGAAUUGGAUAAGCUGAAUCCUUUUUCCGUUCGUUUGAGUUUAUAACAUAAUUCCCAAAAGGGUUGUCGUUGCGUUGUCCCUUUAGUUUUAAUACAUAAAACAACAAUUUUGGGAUUUUAAACUUCCCGAGGUUGAAUGUAUCAUUCAUUUAUGAUUGGAUCUGGAAGCUAGUAGUGUAGCCUUGGGCUUUGGAUAUUAUUAUAUUUGGCGAUUUAAUUGAUUGUGUAAACACGUAAUUCUAUUA